CCUGCCAGUCAGUCUGUCCGUAGCAUUUGUCGAAGCCGGUCCCCGAGAGAGCCGGAAGCCUACCUGCCCAGUGCUCGAAGUCUCUAGCAACGUGGUCUAGUUUUUUCCACGAUAUUUUUACACUCUCAAAAGCCAGUUCGUCGUCAUUCGGGGGAGGAAUUUGACCUGUUUAUGGUAGUGUCUCAGCCCAGAGGAGGGCAGUGGAAAAAUAAAUUAGUCAUUUGGUUUCGUUGAAUCGAAGUAGAAGGUGUGGUAAAUAAGACUAUCUUUUUUUUUCCUGUCGCUUGAUUGACGUCCGGUCGCACGAUCUGGCAAAGGUCAAACGAAUAGUGAAAUUGCGUGUUGGAAAGUGUUUUCCUUUUCCUUAAGUGUACAUUUUAGAAUAGUAGCGUUCCUCCACUGCUAGUUGCAUGCUUUCACUGGUUAGAGUAGUUCAUUGCACAACUAUCGGUGCUUUAGUUCGGACGUUUAAUCGGUGUUUCAGUGUACUGCCUAAUAAGCGAACAGAUCAAUCGGUGAACUUUGCAAGACUUAUACGGUGUUUCGUUUUACCUUCGAAAGCAUUUUCCCAUCUUUCCGGAAUGGUUAAGCAAGGUCCACGCCCGCUCGUUAUCUGCGGCCCGUCUGGGUCCGGGAAGAGUACCCUGCUGAAGAAGCUGUUCAAAGAAUUCCCGGAAACGUUCGGGUUCAGCGUUUCCCACACGACCCGGAAGCCACGGCCCGGAGAGGAGAACGGUGUGCACUACCACUUCGUGUCGGUCGAGGACAUGCAGGCCGCCAUCGAAAACGGAGAAUUCAUCGAGACUGCCGUAUUCAGCGGGAACAUGUACGGUACCAGCAAAAAAGCGGUGGAAACCGUGCAGCAACAUGGCAAGGUGUGCGUGCUGGACAUCGAAAUCGAAGGAGUUAAACAGGUUCGCAACUCGGAUCGCUUGCACCCCCUGUUGGUGUUCGUCAAUCCACCAUCGGUGGCAGAACUCGAGCGCAGGCUGCGUGGCCGUAAGACUGAGACGGAGGAGAGCUUACAGAAGCGCCUCAAUACGGCACGGAUCGAAAUCGAGUACGGGUCCACCCCGGGCAACUUUGACAUCGUGGUCUACAACCAAAACCUGAAGGAAGCGUACGCGCAGCUGCGGGACUUCAUCGUCCGGGAGCUGGAAACACAGCAGAAUCAAGACAACUUCUACGUAUCUUCCAUAAUCACAGGAUAUAAAGGUUAUGAAGUGUAAGCGCCUCGUUAACCCUUCCUUAUUUGUUCCAUGAGGGGGCGGAAAGCACGUGCGCGCAAAGGAAGCCCCAUAACCCUAUAAUUUAUGCCAAUAUUGCUUUUCGUGUAAUAUGCCCGCACACAAACAACAGACUAUUUACACCUUAUAGCUCCUAGUGGUUGUAAAAUUUAAACCGAUAGUGAUCAACCCCGCACUGAUAAACUCUCUGAACACUGCUCCAAAAUAAGCACUACUUGGACUCAUGGCAAGAGCAAACUAUGUAGGUACUACGAAGAAAUGCGGCAGUCGUUCGAUAAUUACAGGCCCGUAGUUGCUUUUGUUGUAAUCCUUAAUUCUAGGUUUUGUAUAGACACACUUAAUGUGCUCCCCUUUCCAAGUUACUUUUUUUUUACUUCUGUGUCUUAUGUAGCGGUGAAACCUUUAUUUGUUAACCAAUCGACGAAACGAUACACCGAAGGGAAGCUGUUAGUAUUACGGAUGUUUACCUGUCAAACUGUCCCUAGGUUUUAACUUUCGGAUGAAUUUUGUACCCAUUUUACACAUUAAAUGUAUGGAAAACAAUAGAUUACCACUGAUGAAAAUGAUACAUUGCGAACUAAGUGCAUGUAAUUUUAAGUGUUUCUUAGACUAAUGGCAUAGGAACCGUCGUCGGAUCCGAUACAAAUCCAGCUGAAAGCAUGGUUAUUGAUAUUGAACGAGAAUAAAUGAUCAUAUGCUUCUAGUAUGUUAGACGAUUCAUU